AUGUCGAACGAGGGCAAGUACAGCGUCGGCUACUUUGUGAACUGGGGUAUUUAUGGGCGCAAGUUCCCACCAAGCCUGAUCCCUGUUCAAGACCUCACCCACAUACUUUACGCUUUUGCCAACGUCAGGCCUGACACUGGCGAGGUCUUUCUGUCCGACGUUUGGGCAGACAAAGAUAUCCAUUAUCCAGGUGACUCCUGGAAUGACGUCGGGAACAACCUAUACGGCAAUUUUAAGGCGAUCUACAACCUCAAGAAAGCCAAUCGCCAACUCAAAGUACUUCUCAGCAUCGGUGGCUGGACUUACUCCCCUUCUUUUCAUCCAGUCGUCGUGAACCCGAUCUUAAGGAGCAAGUUCGUUGAGUCGUCUGUACAACUUUUGGAAGACUAUGGUCUGGACGGAUUGGAUGUCGAUUACGAGUAUCCUUCAAAUGAUGCUCAAGCACUUGGGUACGUUGAACUCUUGAAGGAAAUGAGGGCAGCUUUAGAUCAACAUGCCUCAGUCAAAGGGGCAGGGUGCAAGUUCCUUCUCACAAUUGCAGCCCCGUGUGGACCAGACAAUUACAAGAAACUUCGCGUUGCUGACAUGGAUAAGUCUUUGGAUUUCUGGAAUAUGAUGUCCUACGAUUUUUCGGGUUCAUGGGAUUCCAUAGCCAAUCACCAAGCCAACAUUUACGGUGGGGCUAUUAGCGCCCAUGAAGCGCUCACAUGGUAUAUCGGUCAAGGCGUCGCGCGGAACAAGAUUGUUUUGGGCAUCCCUCUGUAUGGUCGGUCCUUCAUGAACACACAAGGGCCUGGAUCCGUCUUCUCUGGCGUUGGACAAGGAACCUGGGAAGCCGGCUCCUACGAUUACCGCGCAUUAGCUCUCCCAGGCUCCUUUACGUAUCGCGACCAGGAUGCAAUAGCGAGCUGGUCCUACGAUCCUCAGAAACGGGAAAUGGUCAGCUUUGAUAACGAAGAUGUGGCCGAUUGGAAGGGUCAAUAUAUUAAGAAUCAAGGACUAGGCGGCAGCAUGUUCUGGGAACUCAGCGGCGACAAAGGAUCACCACGUGAGGGUAUGGAGACAGGACCGGGGAAAGACCCUCAAAGCGGAAGAAGCCUGGUUACAAUUGUCAAGGAUGCGAUGGGUGGGCUGGAGUCCAGCCAAAAUUGGCUUAUCUACGACAACAGCAGCUUUGACAACAUGAAGAAGGGAAUGCCGUAG